CCACGAGGCGCUGACGCUCCAAAAAGCGAAAGACGCCAGUGAAAGCAUACAGGUCAUUCAAACCAGAGGCGCCAGGGCUCUGGAACAAGAGAUGAUUCUCAAAAGGUGGGAAGGGGCGCUCGCCGAGUCCCCAACCGAGAAAGCAAACGAGGACGUCCAGGAACAAGAGGCGACAAGGGCCGUGUCCUUCACCGAGGCACGUGACGUCGUCUACCAGACGAAGAUUUACGAGCAGGAUUAUGACGGCGAGAUCCACGAGGUCGUCUUUCUGACCAAGGAUUUGGGGGAGAGCGUGGCGGAGGAGCCUAAGCCAGCGCCACAGGUCAGUUGCCGCAUCGGCUGUCAGCC